AUGGAGGAGGUCGCAAGAGAAGUAGUUCCAGAAGAGGCCCUAAUAGAGAAGUUGAAGGCUGCAGGUACAGAGAAGGCAACUGAGGCAGAGAAGGAAGAAAAGAAGAAGAAGAAGAGUAGGGGGCAUAAGGAUGGGAAGGCGGAAUCAUCGCAUCAUUGCAAGUCGAGAAAGAACAAAGAUAAAAAGGAUGAUGACGAAGAUGAAGAGGCCAAGAAGAAGAGAAAGGAUGAGAAGGAAGAGAGAAAAUUGCAUCGGAGGGAGAAGAGGCACCUAAGAGAAGAAGAAAAAGUGAAGCAGAGGGCUGCGAGCCCUGAGAAUGAUGGAGAGUCAACCUUCAUAAGGGAGGAUCAGGAGGAAAUGGCACAACCAAUGAAGCCACCGCAAUAUGAAGAAACGCAACUGGUUGCAACAGACGAAGGUGAAAAACCAGAGGGAACCCCCCUGAUGUGGCGUCGCAAGGAGAAUGCGCCGCGAGGGUCUGACAUCGACCCUCAGCAACUAGUGUGA